AUGAAUGCUGAAUUACUUGCUCUUGAUGAAAACAAAACUUGGUCUGUUGUUGAUCUUCCCCAUGACAAAGUUCCUGUUGGUUGCAAAUGGGUGUAUAAGGUUAAAUAUCAUGCUAAUGGUUCAAUUGAGCGUUACAAGGCUAGACUUGUAGCUAAAUGGUAUACUCAGUUAGAGGGAGUUGAUUAUUUUGAUACUUUUUCUCCUGUUGCCAAAAUCACCACUGUUAGGGUCUUAUUAGCUUUGGCUUCCAUCAAGGGAUGGCAUCUUGAACAAUUGGAUGUGAAUAAUGCUUUAUUGCAUGGUGAUUUAAAUGAAGAUGUUUAUAUGUCCCUCCCUCCUGGCUUUCCUGUCACUAAUGAACCCAACAAAGUCUGUAAAUUACACAAAUCCAUUUAUGGUUUGAAACAAGCUAGUAGGCAAUGGUACUCCAAACUCUCUUCCUCUUUAAUCUCUUUGGGAUAUACUCCUUCACAAUCUGAUCAUUCUUUAUAUAUAAAAUCUACGGCCAACAGCUUUACUGCACUCUUGGUAUAUGUUGAUGAUAUUGUUCUUGCUGGCAACUCUAUCCAUGAGAUACAAACUGUCAAAAUGUUUUUGGAUCAGAAAUUCAAGAUUAAAGAUCUUGGAAAAUUAAGAUACUUCUUAGGUUUGGAAAUUGCAAGAUCCGACACUGGGAUCUUUGUCAAUCAAAGAAAAUACACACUUGAACUCCUUGAAGAUGCCGGUUUACUAGGAACUAAGCCUUCCUCUCUUCCUUUGCAUCCUACUACUAAACUUUCCAGCACUGAUGGUGCUCCUUUGGAUGACCCAUCUUCUUAUAGAAGACUUAUAGGAAGGCUUCUCUAUUUGACACACACUCGCCCAGACAUUAGUUUCUCUGUCCAGCAUUUGAGUCAGUUUGUUUCUAAACCUUUGGUCCCUCACUACAAUGCAGCCAUGCAUAUUCUUAAAUAUCUCAAAUCUGAUCUGGCCAAAGGCAUUUUUUUAUCCGCUUCUAGUUCUUUGAAGAUUAGUGCUUUUGUUGAUUAUGAUUGGGCAAGGUGCCCUGAAACUAGAAAGUCUAUAACAGGAUUUUGUGUAUUACUCGGUUCUUCUUUAAUUUCUUGGAAGUCUAAGAAGCAAAAUACUGUUUCUAGAUCUUCAACAGAGGCCGAAUAUAGAGCCUUGGCCUCAUUAACUUAUGAAAUUCAAUGGACCGUCAAUAACGUUACUGACGGCUUGGAGCCGUCAAUAAUGCCCAACGGUCAUAUCAAAAGAACUUCUCAUUUACGACGGCCUGCAGCCGUCAGUAAUGCUUGCCAGUUUGAAAAUUGUGACGGCCUGCAGCCGCAGUAA